UCGCGUUUUUCUCGCAAACAUCGGCCCAGCAAAAAUGCUACUACUAUAAAUUGAUUGAGACAGUUUUAUCCCGACACAGUUCGAUCGCAAACAGCAACAUCACAUCACAUUGUUCAGUAUGGCUUUCAAGUUCGUGACCUUCCUCGCCCUGGUGGCCGUUGCCCGUGCUGGAGUCAUCUCAGGACCAGCUCUGUCUUACGCUGCUGCCCCAGCUCUUUCCUAUGCUGCCCCAGCCUCUCUGGCUUACUCGGCACCACUUGCCAAGACUGUGUCGUAUGCCGCUCCUCUGGCCACCAAGACCCUCGUUGCUGCCCCUCUGGCCAAGACUGUUGUUGCUGAUGAGUACGACCCACAUCCAGAAUACUCCUACUCGUACGGAAUCUCCGAUGCUCUGACCGGUGACCAGAAGGAACAGCACGAAUCCCGCAGCGGAGAUGUUGUCCAGGGAUCUUACUCGUUGGUUGAUGCUGAUGGUUACAAGCGCACCGUUGACUACACCGCCGACCCAAUCCACGGAUUCAACGCUGCUGUCCGUCGUGAACCACUGGGUGUCAAGGCCGUUGCCCCAGUCGUUGCUGCCAAGACCAUUGUUGCCCAACCUGCCUAUGCCGCUUAUGCUGCCCCAGUUGCCAAGACCAUCUCCUAUGCUGCCCCAGCUGUAACCAAGACCCUGGUCUCGCAACCAGCUUAUGCCAGCUAUGCCGCUCCUCUGGCCGCCAAGACCAUCAUCUCUCAGCCAGCUUACACCAGCUACGCUGCCCCAGCCUUGUACCACCACUAAGUCACUUGAACCGGAAGCCAUACGAAAGACUGAUUGUUGCUUAAUUUAUGAAAAUUUAUGACGGAUAAUGAAUAGAUGAAAAAUCAUCCAAAAAUCAA